ACAAAAGGAAGCCAUGUUGUUUUUCUAGGAAUAGCGUCCUUGCCUGCUCGCCAUAACAUUAGUGAAAUUUAGAUCUGGUUUGUGAAUUAGUUGUAAGUUACGCGGUUUUAACAGUGUGAAUGCAGUUUUUUUAGCUUUGCUUUCGAGUGUGUGACGGUUGUAGUCCUAUAAUUCGUUGAUUAUUGAUUAAUUACGGAAAUGGGACCUGCUCGAGGUCGUGGAAGGGGCCGUGGUAAUAGAAUGCCACCCCCGCCUCCUCUCAUGGCUCGUAACAACAUGAUGCCGCCCCUCAGAUCUCCACCCCUCAUGCCUCCAAGGAUGCGACAUCCGCCACCUCCAGGAAUGAGAGGACCGCCCUUUGCUCCUCCACAUCCACCUCAUCCUCCUAGACGUCCGCCUCCUCCCGGGUUUAGAGGAAUACCUCCUAGACCUCCUAGGUUGCCUCCAGGUCCUCUUCCUCCACCUUCAGCUAGAAGAUUUCCUCCCAGACCCAUGUUUCCUGGCCCCCAUGGACCCCCACUAUUACCUCUACCUCCUGGUCCCCCCAUGAUGGAUGGACCUCAUGCUCGUUUGAGAAGACCCCCAGGACCCCCUGGCGGACCUCCGUUCAUGCCUUUCGGACCAAUGGACCCGAUGAUGAAAAAAUGGAACGUCAAUAAUCAAAUGAACUCACAACCAGCAACCAAGGAUAAUUAUUGUGUGACCUGCGAGCGUGGAUUUAAGACGGAGGAGGAGUUAGCGACGCACUGCGCCGGUCACGUGACGUGUGGCGUUGACGGCUGUCAGCUGACAGCUGAUCAGAAGGUCAUUGACAAUCACUACAACCUGCAGCACAAGACUGGUCUGUUCAAACGGCUCGCCCUGGAGCCCGCCGAUGUGCAAAAGUGGAUUGAGGAGAGGAAGAGGAGAUUCCCCACCAAAAAGAAUGUACAGGAGAAUAAAGAGCGAUUGGAAGAAAUGGAGAAGAGAGGAGAGAGACUACAUAAGGAGAAUGGCAGAUUUGGCAAGAGAAAAGGAGGGAAUCAAGCCGAUGAUCAGCCAGCCAAGAUUCGGAAAGUGGAACCGAAUAAGCCGAAACAAAAACUUAUGAUGACGGUUUUGAAAGAUGAGUCCGAACGAGAGUUCUCUUGGAGAGGAGAUUUGCCUCAUUUUGCGGGAACUGCACUCUACCCUCCAGCAGAAGACGAGAUGAAUAAAGAUGAGAUGGAGAGGAGGAUCCUUCAAAUGUCCAAACAGAAAUGGAGAACAACGAUUUCAGUGAUGAGGAAUGGGAAGGAGAUACCUCUCUAGACCAGAGCAAUACUGCCAACAUAGCUGCUCUGCCCAAUGCACUCUUGUCGAUCAGCGGCUACGAUUCUGGGUCUGAAUCUGAGGCGGAAGCAGAUGUUUCAGUUACCAAACCUAUUGAACCAGUUAUCAAGCCUAAGGAAACAGUUGAACCUGUGAUGGCUGUUACUGAACGUGUGUUACCAGUUACUAAAUCUGCCGGAUCAGUUACCAAACCAAAGGAAACAGUUACUAAAUCUGUCGAAUCAGUUCCUAAUCAUGUGGUAUCUGUUACCGAACCUGUUACUAAAUCUGUCGAAUCAGUUACUAAAUCUAUUGGAACAGAUACUGAACGUGUGAAAUCAGUUACUGAAACCGAAGAACUAGUUGCUGACCAGUCAGAAAAUUGUGAAAUUGUGAAAUUCAAUUUCACAAUUGAAACGAAUGAUGACGAUGACGAUGAUGAUGAUGAACCGCCUGAGGAAGUGAAAAUUCGGAAGACACCUGAUCCUAGUUUUGCAGAAAAAGUUACCGAGAAAGUUGAAGUAACAGCUGUGCUUAAUGGGGCGGUGUUGACUAAUGGUAACAGUGAACAUAGAGAGGUAAUGAGUAAUGGAAAGUUGGAAUAUUCUGAUGAUAAACCGGAAGAAAAUUCAAAACAAGUCAAAAAUCCCAGAAAACCUGAUAUGAAACCUGUGACUAGAACAACAGCUAUAUCAAGACGAAGGGCGACUCUUCUUGAGAAGCUUCUGGAACCAGACAUUCGACACGAAAGGAAUGUUAUUCUGCAGUGCGUGCGGUAUGUGGUUGAGAAUAAAUUUUUCGAAAAACACA